UUGACCGGCGCUACAAUUUUACUGUUUUCUUCUCUCGCUUCCUCUUGUUUCUUCAACUCUGUAAUCUUUGUGCUCCAGUUCGGAUUGCUCCAAAGUCUUCUCCCAAGGUCUUCUGGUCAACCAUUACGAUCGACCGAUCCACAUUGACUCAGGGGCAGGUGAAUAUUUUGCAAAAGACUUGUGUCUUCGAUUGUUCCAUCAAACUUUGAGUUGCCGGCUGCCACUCUACCGAGAGCUGCGGGCAAUAUUCAACUACUAUGGAGUCAUCAUGGCCCAAAUCCUGUAGAACUCCAUUGUCGUUAUCCUGACCUUCAUAGUUUGGGGUGGACAGAGCUCUUCGCCUACCUAUUCUCAUUUCGAGUUUGUUAGGAUGGAUUCACCCAGUUUUCAUUCCAUGGCAGCUUCUAGCUGCCCUAGAAUAAUGCGAAGGACUGUAAAUUAUGGUUUUGCAUCGAUUCUUCCCUAAAGGGCUGGGCCAUCCCAAUCAUUUGAUCUGACGGUCCUCCUGCCAAGUUCUAGAAGGCGUUGGCUCAAAUCUUGGAGGAAGCAGCGGAGGUUAAAGGGUGGUUGUUUUCAAUCCAUCAGUUCCUUGAGCUAACGGUAGUUAAAAUGGUACUGCAACUGAAGACUUAUUACUAAAUGACUUGGUGGACUCUGAUGCCUGGGAAGCCGAGCGAGAGGCAAUGAAAACUUCCUGAGCUGAAAAGAAGAUAGUCUGAAAGGUUGGGAUAGCCGCAUCUGCUUUCUUUGAAGUGCUAUGGUGCUCGACCAUGAGAUGACCAAGGUAGUCCUCGUUGGAGAAAACACUGAAGUAGGAAUGGCUAGUGGUUCACCAAAACGUGCAAGAAAGGUAAUUUUCAUUCAAAGUAGAGCAAAUGAAACAAGAAGCAAAGCGUAUGAAACACAAUCUCCAUCGCAUGGUGAGUCCGGGGAGCAAGAUUACAAUGAACCACAUGCACUACAGUCAGAAGAUGGGGUUUGCUUUCUGGAAUGACGAGUGGUUCAUUGGUAAGACGUACAAAAAAUGUAAUUUGUAGAGGUGGUAAGCAAAGGAAGAAGAAACCGAGCACAGGAACACAAUCUCCACCACUUGGAGAGCUUAUUGAGCGAGAUUCCAAUGAACCACAUGCACAGCGACCUGAAGAUGGGGUUUCACUUUCUAUUCAAUUUGCAGGAAUGACUGGUGGUUCAUCAAUAAGACGUACAAAAAAUGUAAUUUGCAGAGGUGAGUUAAGCAAUGAAAUAAGAAAUCGAGCACCGGAAACUCAGUCUCCACCGCUUGGUGAGUCUGUGGAGAAACAUUACAAUGAACUGCAUAAACCACGGCUAGAAGAUGGGGUUUCACUUUCUGAUGAGCAAAGAGCUUUUAUGAGACGUAGGGGGCGCACAACCUUUGCUGACUUUCAAAAUUUACCACCAGAAACACAAGUUCAAAUUGAUAUUAAUGAUAACAUAAUACCUUGCAACAUCCUCAAGUAUGAUGUACUUGGGUCAUGUAUAGGUGUCAUUGCCAGAGAUUUAGUUUUAGCGCAUUUAUUGUUCUCAAACUGGAGGAAAGAAGGUAUGGAGCCCUUCAAGAAGAAGAUGCUAGCAGAGAUGAGGUAAAUUCAUGAAUCGAAUAAAAUUAUGAUAUUAUUUUGUUGCUAAAUAAAUAUUCUAUCUGUGAUUAAUUUCGUAGUCUAAAUUUAAAUUUCCUGCAUACGACAUUAAAUUCUACGUUCUCUUGCCGUGAAAUGGUGUAAUCAUAAGGCAAGCUUGAAGGCUGAGCAUUGGGAUAGUCGUCCGAUUGGAGAAAUACUGGAGGAUGUCCUUGAGGACAUAGAUGCAUUAUAAUGGUGUCAUUUUGUGUCACAAUGGUCAAAACCAGAUGAUUUAAGUGAGAAGUAUAAUUUAACUUCUUAGGUAGUAUUUAUAAUAAUAUAAUAAAUGUAUUUGUUUUAUGAAAAAGCAGCAAAGAAUACUAAGAAUGCUAAUGAGUAGUUAUGUCCCCAUAAAAUUGAUCUCGUAUGAGUUGUGUGUGGAGACAAAA